AUGGCAAAUGCAACUCUUUGGCAAGAACUUGACGCAUCCCCCAGCGUAUCCUUGGUAUCCCUGGUAGAACCAAGAGUGUGCUUUAACGAGGAUUGCCUCUUCCCCUUAGGACCCGCCUGUGAAGAAUGCGCAAAUGAAUGCCUGUCCAGCGUUAGCGAUUGGGAACAGAAAGUAGGGCCCCAGAAGGUAGGCUCCGCCGUCGUUGAUGGGAGUCAGAGAGAAACGGACACGGUAGGCUUUGAUGACCAGGAUAAUCGCACAGAAGCCUCCGUUAAGAGUUCCAAUACAGGUUCCAGUGGGGAGACUAUCAUAGCACCACAGAAACAAAAUUCAUAUCGAAACUCUGCGGGGCUGGCUGCAUCGGUACCACAGAACCUAUCACAGCCGAGUGAACUCUCAACUCGAAGACCUAUAGGUCUAGAAGCGUCGGGAUCUUCAAUUCCAGCAGCACGGAAUCAAAGCUCGAGUCAAAGUCGCGGAAGUCCAAAGGCGGCUAGCUUCCAGAACCAAAAGACGCCAUCAAGAUCAAGAUCGUCAAAUCGAAACAUCAAGGAGUGGCUGGCAUCGGUACCGCUGGACCUGGCGCUAGGUGAAGUCUCAUAUCAAAGUCUCAAAUCUUCAGAGGCACCAAGAUCCUCGAACCUAGCAGCACGGAAUCUAAACUCACAUUAUAGCCCUAUACAUUCACAAGGCCCCGGCUCCCUAAACCCGCCACCAAGGGCACCAACCCAUUUUUACCUAUCCGACCCUUCCUUACAGCCUGCCUCUGCCAUCCGUUUAGACAACUGGCUUACCGACAUCUUUAACAAUACCCUUGAAGGACACGUUAACGACGAAAUAUUUAACGGCGGUGCUAAUGAAGAAAAUACAACCUUGGACUUCUGCCCGCUCUGCUAUGCACCUGUUGGUGACCCCAUAGAUCAGCACCUCCUACGUUGUCAAUAUGCUCAUGACGAAGCGGAAAGGAGAGAGGAAUCGAUAAUGUCUACUUUGAAGCGGAAUAAUGGCCAUUGA